GCCGGCAGGGGUGAGGUCCCCAGCGGGAGGGCGAGACUGGAUGUGGGGCCGCGCGCUAGCCCCCCCCCCAUACGCGUGCACGCCCUUCCCAUUUGUCUCCGCGCGCGUGCACGCCCCCUCCCAUCCGUCUCCCCGCGCGUGCACGCCCUUCCUCUACCGUCUCCCCGCGCGUGCGUCGCGGUCGGCCGUCAGAAAGGCACGCGCCUCGCCUUUAACGCGGGCCGAAGACGCGCGGCCCGUAUGGCGUGCGAGCGGCGGCAGCUGCGGGCCUGGCCAGGCCUGGGCUGAGGCCGAGCCAGCCGCGGGAUUCCGCAGCCCUGGACGGCGCCCAUCAUGCGGCGGUUGCGGCGCCUGGUGCAUCUGGUGCUCCUCUGUCCCUUCUCCAAAGGCCUGCAGCCUACCCUGCCCGACACUUUUUACCUCUGUGCAUUUGAGGACUCUGGAGGACUCUUGGGUUGGAGUCCCACAGAAGGUGUCCUUCUGUGACAUCCAUCCUGGUGGUGGCAGGGCCGGCUCCCAGGCCUCAGGGUCAAGUAUGUCUUGCUGGUCUGGCUGGGCAUCUUCGUGGGCAGCUGGAUGGUCUAUGUGCACUACUCGUCCUAUUCGGAGCUCUGCCGUGGGCACGUCUGCCAGGUGGUGAUCUGUGACCAGUACCGCAAGGGCAUCAUCUCCGGCUCUGUCUGCCAGGACCUGUGUGAGCUGCAGAAAGUGGAGUGGAGGACCUGCCUGUCUUCAUCGCCAGGCCAGCAGGUGUACAGUGGGCUCUGGCAGAACAAGGAGGUGACCAUCAAAUGUGGCAUCGAGGAGGCCCUGAACUCCAAGGCCUGGCCAGAUGCAGUUCUGCGGCGGGAGCUGGUGCUGUUUGAGAAGCCCACCCGGGGCACCUCCAUCAAGGAGUUCCAAGAGAUGAUCCUCGGCUUCCUCAAGAGACCAGGCCAGACCCAGUCAGUGCUCUGCCAGCCGAGAGGUGUGCACCAGGGCGUGCUUCUCUGCCUUCCUUUUGGUCCCAAAUGUCAGGCGAACCUAGGAGACCUGCCCUCCCUGCCAACGCUGGUUGACCAGAUCCUUCUCAUGGCGGACUUCAACAAGGACAGCAGGGUGUCCCUGGCAGAGGCCAAGUCUGUCUGGGCCCUGCUGCAGCGCAACGAGUUCCUGCUGCUGCUGUCCCUUCAGGAGAAGGAGCACGCUUCCCGGCUGCUGGGCUACUGCGGGGACCUCUACCUCACCGAGGGCGUCCCCCACGGCUCCUGGCACGGGGCAGUGCUGCUGCCUGCCUUGCGCCCGCUCCUGCCCUCUGUGCUGCACAGGGCUCUCCAGCAGUGGUUUGGACCCGCCUGGCCCUGGCGUGCCAAGAUCGCCAUUGGCCUGCUGGAGUUUGUGGAGGAGCUCUUCCAUGGUUCCUAUGGUACCUUUUACAUGUGUGAGACCACACUGGCCAAUGUGGGAUACACGGCCACCUAUGACUUCAAGAUGGCUGACCUGCAGCAGGUGGCGCCCGAGGCUACUGUGCGCCGCUUCCUUCAGGGCCGCCACUGUGAGCAGAGUUCUGACUGCAUCUAUGGGCGAGAUUGCAGGGCUCCGUGUGACAGGCUCAUGAGGCAGUGCAAGGGCGACCUCAUCCAGCCCAACCUGGCCAAGGUAUGUGAACUGCUGAGGGAUUAUCUGCUGCCUGGUGCUCCUGCAGACCUCCGUGAGGAGCUGGGCAAACAGCUGCGCACAUGCACGACACUGAGUGGACUGGCCAGCCAGGUGGAAGCCCACCAUUCCCUGGUACUUAGCCACCUCAAGACCUUGCUCUGGAGGGAGAUCUCCAACACCAACUACUCUUAAUGCUGCAGGCUCCAGCCAUUAUAGCUCAGCUGUGGGUGGAGCACCCACUUGGGAAAGGUCACCCCUCUCCAGUAAGUCUCCUCCACCCCACUUUCCCAACAACUGAGCCAAGGGGUCAUUCUUCUGUACAUGUAAAUAAAUGGCUUUUAUGCAA